AUGAAGCAGCAGCAAGAGUCCAGGGACGCCCUUUGCGUCAUUGUGAGCUCUAUUCAGUACCUCUGCCGCACAGGUCAGGCUCUGCUUGGGCACACUCUACAGGACGGCAACCUAGUUGAUUUAUUAGAGGAACGCUCCGAGGAUGUGCCUGCUCUUAAGACCUGGUUAACUCGACGAGACAAGUGGCUGAGCAGUGACAUCCAAAAUGAAAUAAUCAAAAUCAUGGCUCACAAACUGCAACGCGACAUUGUAGAAGAGGUGAAAAGGAGCCCUUUUUUUGGAAUCAUCGCUGACGGGACAACCGAUGCUGCCGGAGACGAGCAGUUUACUCUAUGCCUGCGUUGGGUCGAAAAUGCGUCAUUGGAGAUCAAGGAAGAGUUUAUUGGGGUUUAUAGCCCUCCAGACUCUAAGGCUAACACGCUGUUCAUGGCAGUCAAGGAUAUGCUCGUUCGUCUAGGGCUGGACUUCAGUAGUUUGCGAGGACACUGCUUCGAUGGUGCGGCAAACAUGUCUGGGCGCUUCUCUGGUGUUCAGAAGAAAAUAAGCGACAUUCAGUAG